AUGUCUGUAUGGAUUAACUCUAGUGGCUCUUUGGCUCUCCAAGCUUUUCUGGAUGGGAAAGGUUGUGAUGUUGUUUCUCGAGCAUACAUCCUUCACAGGAACUUGGUUCGGUUGCUGGGCUUCUGCRUUGAGGGCUCUAAGAGGCUUCUGGUUUAUGAAUACAUGAGUAAUGGCUCACUAUCUCAGCUUCUCUUCAAGGUUGAAGAACACCUCAUUUGGAAAGAAAGAUUAAGAAUAGCACUGGACAUAGCAAGAGGCAUUCUCUACCUACACGAGGAGUGUGAGACCCACAUCAUCCAUUGUGACAUAAAGCCCCAAAAUAUACUGAUGGAUGAAUUUUGGACGGCUAAGAUCUCGGAUUUUGGGUUGGCAAAGCUAUUGAUGCCGAAUCAGACGAGAAGCUUCACCCGAGUCAGAGGGACUGGAGGAUACUUGGCACCAGAAUGGCAAAACAAUAUCCUCAUAACGGUAAAGGCUGAUGUUUAUAGCUUUGGGGUUGUGCUGUUAGAGAUUAUAUGUCGCAGAAGCAAUAUGGAGGUGAACGUCUCAACAACAGAUGAGAUAAUUCUUUCUAGUUGGGUUUAUAAGUGCUUUGUAGCUAAGGAGUUGGAUAAGCUUGUGGACGAUGAUGAUGAAGAGGUAGACAUGAACAAACUUGAGAAAAUGGUUAAGGUUGCACUGUGGUGUAUUCAAGAUGAACCGGCUCUUCGUCCUUCAAUGAAGAAUGUGAUCUUGAUGUUAGAAGGAACCGUGGAUACACCCACUCCUCCUCCAAGCCUUUCCUUUUCUUAA